UGGAUUGCUCCCUGUUUCCCUGUUUGUUUUUCUCCGAAGCAACUUGUCAGGAAAGACUUUGGAGGCCAUUGAGAAUAAGACCUAGUUAUAAACCCAGUACCGGGAAGGAAAAGAUGGAGACCCUUGCCCAGUGGUGGGGAUUCAAGUAAUUUAACAACCGGUUCUCUGCCCUAAUGAUUUUUUCCAACGACCCGUUUGCCAAACGGCUCAGAAAGUUAACAACCGGUUCUCCCGAAGUAGUGCAAACUGGUUGAAUCCCCAUCACUGUCCUUGCCCCUAAAAGCCACCUCGCUGCUGCUCCCCAGGAUUCUGACAAAACGCCUUUCCUUGCGACCCACUAGCACCCGGAUCUCACCUCCUGCUUCUCAGGCUCGCCCCUGUUUCUGGCCCCCUCCCUUCCUUGCUGGGGAGAAUCAACGCUGCGGCCAACAGCUUGCCUACAGCUCCAGAGAGGAAUGGGCCUCCGGGCUUUCCUGGAUUGAAACUACGCCUCAGAUGAAAGGCGGCCGGUCCAGCUCUAUGAGUUGGGCUAUAGCGGCCACAAGCAACAACGGGAAGAGAAGGGAGGCGUGGAAGCGUCCCGUAGAUCGCCAUCAGAUCGCUGCGAUCUGAUGGAGCAGGACCGGCUCAAUCGCCUCGGCAACGUCCCCGUUCGCCUCCUGGUCCCGGUUCCCCCUUAGAUCCUGGUGGGUGGGAGAGGGGGGGCUCGCCACCCCCACUACCCCCACCUACAGCCCGGCUUCCCUCCUGGCUUGAGGAGGAGCCACCCCGCGAAGGGGUUAAGCCGUCCCAGCCUGUCUCGGGGGAGGCUGGGUGUUGCUUAUCUGCUCCAAGGAAGCCCGGAGCUGCAAGCCUGCCCUGUGGGGAACCCUGCGCCAUGGGUCCUUUCGCAGAGGACUGACCCCGCCAUGGUGCCCUGGGUAACGCUGCUCCUUUUGGGGCUGUUGUUCUGCUGCUGUUGUAUGGGUCACAGCAGCCAGACGGGAGCGCCCCGGGUCUAUCUCACCUACAAAGAGUUGUUAGAGACCCGCACUGCUCGUCCUUUCAGCUUCAACUUUAACACGAGUGAUUAUCGCAUCUUGUUGGUGGACCAAGACCAGGAACGUCUCUACCUGGGGGCACGAGAUUUUCUGGUGGCCUUGGAUCUUCACAACAUCAACAAGGAGCCACUAAUUAUUCAUUGGCCAGCAUUACCAAACCAGGAGAAUGAGUGUCGCUUGGCAGGGAAAGGGCAAAGAGGUGAAUGUUUCAACUACAUACGGCUUAUGGAACCUUUGAACCGUACCCAUCUCUAUGCCUGCGGAACGGGGGCUUAUCAUCCAGUCUGCAUCCUUAUCAAUCGUGGCUGGCGCUCUGAAGAAUACCUGUUCCGCAUAGUGCCUCAUUCACUGGAACCAGGCAAGGGGAAAUGUCCUUACGACCCCAGGCAGUCCAGCAUGGCUGUGCUUAUCAAUAACACGCUGUAUGCUGGAGUUCAUGUGGAUUUCAUGGGCACUGAUGCUGCCUUGUUCCGGACCAUGGGACCACGCCCAGCUGUACGCACAGAGCAGCAUGAUUCCCGAUGGCUCUAUGACCCUGUUUUCCUCCAAGCCCACGUCAUUCCUGACAGCUCCGACCACAAUGAUGACAAGCUCUACUUCUUUUUCCGUGAAAAAGCACUGGAGGGUGCCGUGGGGCCUGCCGUACUCGCUCGGGUGGGACGGGUGUGCCUGAACGACGAUGGGGGACAGCGCUCCUUGCUGAACAAGUGGACGACCUUCCUUAAAGCUCGUCUCGUGUGCUCUGUGAUUGGGGAGGAUGGCGUGGAGACGUUCUUUGAUGAGCUGCGUGACGUUUUCCUUCUGCCGACUCAGGAUGAGAAGCAUCCCUUGCUCUAUGGGGUCUUCUCCACACUGGGGUCAGUGUUCCGUGGCUCGGCAGUCUGUGUUUACUCCAUGGCUGACAUCCGCACUGUCUUCAAUGGGCCCUUUGCUCACAAGGAAGGACACAACUACCAGUGGGGGCCAUAUACAGGACGUGUGCCCUACCCUCGUCCGGGAGCCUGCCCGGGAGGAACCUUCACUCCAGGCCUUCGCUCCACGCGCGAGUUUUCUGAUGACCUGGUAACCUUCGUGCGGGGCCAUCCCUUGAUGUUCCAUGCAGUCUAUCCCCUCCAGCGCCGUCCCCUCCUGGUGAGAACCAAUGUCCCCUACAGCUUCACUACCUUGGCUGUGGAUCUUGUGGAUGCGGUGGAUGGGCGCUACGAGGUGCUCUUCCUUGGCACAGAUCAAGGUACAGUGCAGAAGGUGAUUGUGUUGCCCAAGGAACAAGGGAUACUGGAAGAACUGACUCUGGAGGAAGUUGAGGUGUUCAGGGUACCAGCUCCAGUGAAGACACUGUGGAUAUCCUCAAAGCGACAACAGCUCUAUGUCUCCUCUGACAUGGGCGUUUCCCAGUUGACCCUCCACCGCUGCCGGGAAUAUGGUGAAGUCUGUGCUGAUUGCUGUUUGGCCCGGGACCCCUACUGCGCAUGGGAUGGGCAGCGUUGUGCCCGCUACAGUCACACGGCCAAAAGGAGGAGCCGUCGCCAGGAUAUCAAGCAUGGCGAUCCCCUGAGGCAGUGCCGUGGAUUUAAUGCCAAGGCAACAACUUGUUGGAAGCCAGACUUGUGCUUAGCAGAUGUCUACUUCCAGCCUUUACUGAAAUGCAGUGGGGUCUCAGAACUCAAGGAAUGCUGUUCCCCUCCCGGUCCCCCUGCCCCCAUCACAGCAGAACAGCAGUUAAGUGAACAGAUUCAAUACGGACUAGAAGGAGGAAGUGUAUUUCUGGAGUGUGAACCCCGAUCUCCCCACGCGACCAUCAAGUGGCUUAUGCAAACAGACGAUACAACCAAACGCAAAGUGUUGCCCCGGGAUCGCAUAUUGCUUCAAACACCUCAGGGUGUGCUUUUAGGCCCAGUGAUACCAUCUGACAGUGGGCUCUACCAAUGCGUAGGCACUGAGAAUCGCUUUCGCCACACGUUGCGGCGGCUUCGUUUGUAUGUCCUUCCGCGGGCUUUGCUGGAGGGCGCCAUCACCUCUGAAGAGGCACCUACCCUGGGUAUUUGUGAGAGCUACUGGCAACAGUUCAACAGAGCCCAAGAUAUCCAGCACAGCCAGGGCGGCCACCAGUCCUAUGCUGGACCCAGCCUGUGGAGUUCUGAACAGCAGUCCAACUGGUACAGAGCUGUUCAGCAGCAAUCAUUGAACUGGACCACCAGUAGUCCCCAUCACUCGCAAAGCGGCAGCACCAUCAGCCGCCGUCGCCCCUCUCACCACCGCCAUCACCACCACCACCACCGCUCCAAGCCGUGGGCAGGGCAUCAAACUCCACCUCGAAGCUGAGCUGGAUGGAAGACAGUGGGCAGGGAGGGGCUUUGACCUAAUCUUUGGCGCAAGAGAAUAACAUUCCAGUGGACUCUUUGUAAAGAGCUGAGUGGAUCCAGAGAUGGGGAAAAACCUCUUUACUUCCUCCAGAUUGAGGGGACAACACUAUUGCUAACAAAGUGUGGGGUGCGGUGUGUCCAGGCUAAUUCCAGGGUUUUUAGGACCAGGGCUUACUGGCUCUUUCCUGAAAUGGAAAGGUGGCCAGUGCUAAUUGCAAAGGCUUUGGCAUUCGUUUUGUUUUUGUUUUUUUACAGUAUUCAUUCCCAACUUUAUGCCAUCCUCUCACAUCCUAGAAGGAAAACUGUGGAGCUUCCUUCAACAUUAACACCAUCACUUUAUUAACCCUAUGCUGCAGAAGCAUGUAGCAGAAAAUAAAAUACCAGUUUAUUUUCUAAACAAAAUGGAAAAGGGCCAUUGUGGAUUUGUGAAAGGAAGAACAUUUCCAGGCACAGUGAGCCCAAUGUUACAAGUAGUUUUAAGACCCAGCCUCGUCAGAAUCAAGCCCUGCCACAAACUGUAAGAGGGCAAUGUUAACAACGAGUUUAGUAGUUUACCCUGAGUACUGCCUACGCCACAGGUAUUAAACGGAACCUUUGCUUCAAUGGAAGUACUCACACCGUUCCGAUUUUUGUCCAACCUGUAACUGAGUAAGGAAAUACAGAAUAUAUGGGCUUGGUGAUACAGUGGACACAAAUGCCAGUCUAUAUAUAUGUAUAGGCUUUAACCCAUUAUAGAUGCUAGCUUGAUAUUAAUUACAGUUGCAACUUCUUUGGAGGAAGUAUCUUUUUAUGGCAGAAACACAGUAUCUCUAUCACCUCCACCUUUCUGAUAAUUUUAACAGAAAUGGUUAAAAGCCUUGCAGAUUAUGAGCUCUUCCAGAACAAGAACCAACAUAUUCUGUACUGGAUCAAACCAAGUUUCAUCUACAGUUGAUCUAUACUCUGCGCCAUCAACUCUCAAUUGUAAUACACAUUUAAAUUUAAUUUACUUUGCACUGUUGAUAGGUCUUACCAGCUUUAUUUCUGACGAAUGUAAUAUUUUUAAAAAGCCAUUGGACUCGGUUAGUGAGGGGAGGGGGGGGAGUUAUCACUACAGCUCAUGGAAUGAAUUCCAGAGUAAGUGAUGAUAGGAAGCUCUUUUGCAGGCUGGUUGGAAUUGCAUAAUCUAAACCCAGGUGUCAACUUGGUUAUUCCCUAUUUAUUUCUGCUAUGCCUCAUUUCUUAAAUUUAACAGAGUAUUUUGGUGUCAUUACUUGCAUUUUUUCCUAGAUAAAUAUUGAGGCAUGGGAAGAUACACCCUCUCAUUCAACAUAAGCUUUGGUAUGAGAUUUUUGUGAGAAGCAUCUGAAAAUUUCAAGUACACAAUGAUCUUUCGAUGAUCACUAAUUUCACAUUUGAGACACAGAAUUCUAAGAUUUUUCUCUCACAGAAUCGAUGCUAGUUCUUCCUCGGCUUGCCCAAGGUGUAUUCAACUACCUUUAGUAUAAUAAUGCUUUCUACAAAUAUACAGAA